GCAGGAAUCCUCUCUGCCCUUCAUCUUAUCAUUUCCUCUUCCUACUUCCCUUCCUCAUCUCCUUCUCUCUUCUCUUCUCUCUCCAGUUGUCUGCAAACAAGCUGGUUGGGGAUUUUGGUAGUAAAGACACCAACAGUAAAGGACAUGAGUUGGUCAUCAAGUGAUAACUUUUUUGUGAGCUCAAAGUUAGAGGUCUUCUCAGUAGACCUCUUUUCCGAACCAUUAGAAUUGACACAGAGCAAAGCUGUCGUCUUCGACGGGCCGAAGGGUGAUGAUUUCAAGAGGUUCUUGUGUUUUAAGAACCUUCGAGUAAACCGUCAAGGAAAGGCUAUUGUACUCAUCCAAAAGCGCGACGUCGAUGGUGAAUUCCUUGAAAGUCAGUAUGAUUCCUUCAUUUUAGAAACAGUUGUAUCGUUGGGCCCUUUUGGUUUCCUAAACGUACCAUUGCCAAUACCGCAAGUGGUGAACGAAUUGCAAAGCCUCCUGGACAAUACCAACGCUGAAUUGGCAAAGAAGAAUGAUGAACUUAAUGAAUUGCAUAGCCUCUUGGACAAUACCAAAACUGAUUUGACGAAGAAGAAUGAUGCACUUAAUGAAUUGCAAAGCCUCUUGGACGAUACCGAGGCUGAAUUGGCGAAUAAGAAUGAUGCGCUGAAAAAAUUAAAGAAGCGGAAGAUUGAUCAGGGCUGGACUCAUGAACAGUUUUGACUGACUAUCGUUGCAAUCACAAACUCAUUGAAGAGAGUGUUCGUUCACUUUGGUCUUGAACCACCGGCAAGUGGAGAUCCAGAAUCUGUGCUGACAUUUCUCGAGAUGUUACGUGAUCUGAUCCUUCACACAGAGUUCGGGAAGUUACAUGAUCUGAUCCUUCACCAAGAAUUCGGUGCUACUUUCUUAGUAGCUGCGAACGAGAUACUAGCCUCGAUUGCAAGUAUAUUUGAGAAACGCAGUGGUUUAAGCAUUGGCAUGGAAAUGAAUAGUACGAAUACUCCAACCCGUCUCAUUGA